AUUAGAGCCUUUACUCUCUGUAUCAUCUUAUCUAUGAUACAUAGAACAGCACUGGUUCCUUUCUCUUUCCAUCCUUUGGCGGGACAAGCAUGUCGCAUCGUAAAUUUCACGCUCCUCGUCAUGGGCACAUGGGCUUCCUGCCUCACAAGCGCAGCAAGAGGCACAGGGGAAAGGUGCAUACAUGGCCUAAAGAUGACCCCAGUCACCCGGUUCACCUGACUGCCUUCCUGGGAUACAAGGCUGGCAUGACCCACACGCUGAGGGAAGUGCACCGCCCUGGCCUCAAGACAUCAAAGCGGGAGGAAAUCGAGGCCGUUACCAUCAUUGAGACUCCACCUGUCAUCGUCGUGGGCAUCGUGGGCUAUGCUCAAACUGCCCACGGCUUGCGUUCCCUGAAAACCAUCUUUGCUGAGCAUCUCAGUGAUGAGUGUAGACGUAGAUUUUACAAAAAUUGGUACAAGAGCAAGAAGAAGGCAUUUACCAAGUACAGUAAGAAGUGGCAGGAGGACGCCGGAAAAAAACAGCUUGACAAAGAUUUUCAUUUAAUGAAGAAAUACUGCUCAGUCAUCAGAGUUAUCGUUCACACUCAGAUGAGACUGUUGCCCAUGAGGCAGAAAAAGGCUCACAUGAUGGAGGUUCAGCUGAAUGGGGGCACCACCUCCGACAAAGUGGACUGGGCAAAGGAGCAUCUGGAGAAGGCGGUACCUGUGUCUGCCGUCCUCUCCCCGGAUGAGAUGGUUGAUAUCAUUGGUGUCACCAAGGGUCAUGGCUUCAAGGGUGUAACAAGCCGCUGGCACACCAAGAAACUCCCCAGGAAGACCCACAAAGGCCUGAGGAAGGUGGCUUGUAUCGGAGCCUGGCAUCCUGCUGGUGUGAGCUACACUAUAGGUCGUGCUGGUCAGAAAGGCUACCAGCAUCGUACUGAGCUCAACAAGAAGAUUUAUCGUAUUGGUAGAGGUGUUCACAUCCAGGACGGAAAGGUGAUCCGGAACAAUGCCUCCACGAUCUAUGACAUGAGCCAGAAAACCAUCACCCCCAUGGGAGGCUUUCCCCACUAUGGUGAAGUAAAUAACGAUUUUGUCAUGGUGAAAGGUUGCGUCGUUGGAGCUAAAAAGCGCGUGCUCACCAUCAGAAAGUCUUUGCUCACGCACACAUCACGCAAGGCCAAGGAGCACAUUGAGCUCAAGUUCAUUGACACCACUUCCAAAGGCGGCCAUGGGCGCUUCCAAACUCCGCAGGAGAAGAGAGCAUUCAUGGGGCCCCUGAAGAAAGACGCCGUGAAGACACUGCCAGACCCUCAGCCUGAAGAGCCCUGAAGCAAAGGAUUAUUAUUUUACUAAGUAAUAAAAUAACUUUCAGUCUGCGUGGUCCAUGUAAAUCGAGGCUCAGCUGCAGAGGCUGUAUGUUUGUGUUUCAAGUGCAUCAUCUGUGUACAUUAUGAAGUUUAAAUUCAACAAAAAGACAUUUCAAUUCUUCAAUAAGCUUUAUUCACCACAAGGAAAAAUGAUUAAAGGU